AUUAGCAAUGAGAAUACAACAUGCACACCAAGAGCAGAUUGUCUUCUUCUGAGGAUUAUAAAUACAUGUGUUUUAUUUUAAAUGGUUAAAGUAAUUGAAUUACAUCACACAUUGAAAUAACAAAAAUUACACAAAAAAACUUUGAGAACUGGUCAUUAAUAAUAAAAUUAAUUAAUUAUUCAAUAAACUUUUACUCUACUUCAUUAAAAGUGAGCAGAUAUUAAAGUGCCCUGUAUAAUAAAAAGCCAAAUUUUUUCUUCUCGGUUCAAUAUUAAGUUAGACUUUCCUGUAUUAUGUAAAUUAGGAUUACCAAAAUUAUUUUAGUUUGAAAACUGACAGAAUAAUGAGAAAGAAAGACAUUUUUUAUGUUUAAAAAUUAAUUUAUCCAAAUUCAGAAGUUCACAAGAAGGCUUUAAAUAUUUGAGAAAGCCAAAUAUUUGUAAUCUCAAGGCUUUGUUAGAUUCUCAAUUAUUCAUUUAAUUUCUCUUUGGGAUCAGUUAAGUACUUUUGAAUUUGAAUUUGAAUUAAUUAACAACAACUUACUUUCAUAGAAUGAGAUCUCAAUGAAAAAAUUUAAUCUUAUGUUAAGUGUACGUUUUAGAUACAGCAAAAGUAUUUUUGACCAUGUUUUUUAUCUUAAUUUUUAUUUCAUGCUAAAAUCACAAACAUUCAGGAUCUUUUUACUCAAAUACAGACUUGCACGCACAAGUCAAUAAACAUUAAACUUGGAUACGUUUUUCAAAGAAUAUUGUUUUUUUGUAUUAUUAUUAUUAUUAUUAUUAUUAUUAUUAUUAUUAUUAUUAUUAUUAUUAUUAUUAUUAUUAUUAUAAAAACGCUUUAUAGAUCAACAAAAACUUUUUUUCAAGAUGACGGGGUUCCAUUAAUGACAGAAAUGUGUUAACGUGUCUAUAGUAUGUUUCUGUGGUGUGUUUGUAGUGUGUUUAUUUACUGUGCUCUUAUGUGUAUAUAUGUAAUUUGUAUAAACAUAACCAUAGACACCUGAACAUGUUUUUGGCACCAACGCUGCGUUUACAAUGGAGCCUGAAGUGACCUAAUAAAAAUUUUUUUUGCCUUAAUUAAUGCGACCCGAAUCUGAUCUUUUCAUUACUGUCUGAAGAACAGGACGGAUUUUUUUUUGACUCGGGCCACUUGGAUAUCGGAUACAUAUCAGAUCUUUUCAAAUUUUUCAAGUGUGAAAAGAUUUUAUGUGAAUCUGAAUGUUCAGGUCUCAUCGAUCCGACCUGAACGUCACUGAUACUCGACAAACGUCACUAUUCUGCGUACUGAUACUCGGAAGCGGGAAGAAAAACAACAACCAUGACAGACUUUAAUGAGGAUUAAGUUCUUAAUAUGCUGCUCCAGUCGGAUAACAGCUUCAAAUGUGUAAACUAAACUCCACCUUUAGCUUCCAUGUUUACUUCCGCAAACACUGAGCACUUCUUCUCUUUUGUAGCGGUUGGCAAAACACUGAGUACACACGGUAUUGCGCCCUCUACUGCGCAUGCGGGACACUUUGAGGUCGUUUGUAGUUCACACUGGAGGUCGCAUACAAGACGCAUUUAUUUGGAAGUGUGAACGACCACAUCAAAAAAAAAUUUAAUUAAAACAAAAUUAGAAUUGGGUCACUUCAUGCUGCAGUGUCAAUGUAGCCCAAUAGAAUCUCAUGUAGGCUAAUAUCUGUUUUGUGAAUAUGGCUGUAACUCUUCUAUAUGUUGUGCAGCACAUGAAGUAUUUAUUAUGCAAGUAUAUAAUUUGAAUUAAAAAUAAAUGCGGUUUGUACAGUUUGUUUAUACUGUACGAAUGCAUCCAUUUAUCACCCAUAUUAUUGUUUUUAUUCAUUAGUCACUCCCACCAGAAAUGUGACAUCUAUUUCUUUUAAAAGAAUAUUUAGUUUUUUCUAUUUAAUAAAAGGCGAAUGGACAGUGUCAGUGAUGGAUGCAGCUAGAUGAUGGUGUUAUGUUGUAGCUUGUGUUGUGUUGACUCCUGGGCAGAGUGGCAGUGAUGCCUUGGCUGCAGGCCUUGAGUGUCUUUCUGAUGACAUUACAUAACUAUGAUGCUCAGUUUCCUAAUAUUAGAGUAAGAUAUUCAUUGGAUGCCUAUUUUAAAAUCUGGGCUUGUAAUAACCUUAAAUAAAAAAAUCAUGUUGACAUGUUUCCUGCUGUAAGUCGCAUCCAGACUUUGGAGGGAAAGCAACAGAGGGUGAGAAGGAAGGGCAGCCACUUCCUGGAGCUUUUCCACACAACAUCACAAAGCGACUCUGACAGUCGGUGGAUUUAGAAGUGCUCCGAGGUUGUGUUCAUGCAAUGGUCGACAGCCACGCUACUAAAUUCCUCGGUUAGUUUUGUUAAACAAUUCAAACCCUGAUGUGCUGCUUUUCUGAGAAUGAACAGGUAUGACAGGGGGAAAAAAGCAUCUGGAUGCUUUCAGAAAUGUGACAGCCGAAACACACAUCUGUCCUCCAGCAUGCUGUCUUUUUAUUGCAGGAGGAGAGAUGAGGCACUGAUCUAACUUCUCCAGGAACUCACACCGAUCUCAUCUCUUCCACAAAAUGAGCACUCCAACACCCGGAAGCCCAAACACGGAGGUGAAGAUGGGGUCCCAGGAGAUGGCGAUGCUGAGCAACCUUUUGGCUGCUUACACUUUCAUUGCAGACCAACCUGAGAGAACAGCUCUCGUGUUCCUCGGCGGUGUGUGUGUUGGUCUCCUGGUCACGCUGUGCGCCAUCGUCUUCCAGAUACACUGCCGAGCGGACUGCCACUAUGGCAACAGCAACGACCUUCAGAAUCGCCAAAGGGUCAGACAUCACCGUCGCCAGCACCUCUGUCCCCGCCCUCAGCUCACAGACGGCAACCCAGACAACCCCAGUGCUGUGGUUGUGGCCUCUGGAGUGACUGGGAACACUGGGGACUGUGAGCCAGAGGACUGGGAUGAUACGUCUGACCUGUCGGCACGGCGACGCAGGCGCUUCGAGAGAGCUCUGUUGAACGCCACCAUGUUCACAUCUUCUGAGGAGCUGGACCGGGCCCAGCGACUGGAGGAGCGGGAACGGGUUCUUCGAGAGAUCUGGAUGAAUGGACAACCAGACAUCAGCACAGUGACUCAAAGCCUCAACAGAUAUUACUGAUGGAAAACCAGAACGACAGAUACAGACCGGGAAGAAAACAAAGCGCAGGCAGUCAGAUGGAGGACUGGUGCAGAAAAAUGAACAUAAACAUGAAACCGUUUCCACGGCAGCAGUGAGCCUCUGAACAAUGAGGUAACUCUGGUUUGUUUGGGGCUGAACAAGAAGAGAGGACAGAAAUGGAUUUUUCAAAGACUGUCUAGCAACAAAACAAUUGUCUGUAGCUGAUAUUUAAUGAACUCUGGGUUAUGUGACUGCUGCCAUUAAUUUACUGGGAUGUUUUAUCUUUUCUGUUUCUUCGGCACUUCUCAGUAGAACAUGAAAAGGAGCAGAAGGGAAUAACAAUCCAGAGUCCACAGCUUGAUUUUGUAGAAUAAUGUUGCACUUUUCUCUGCUGACCCUAUAUUGUUUGUGAACCUGCAAUAAUCAAAGUGUUGCAACUUGAUACUUUUAUAUUGAAGGGCAACUUUCUCUUCCAAGACGAUCAUGGAAACUCUAUCACAAACAUGGUGAUAUGAAUACUGGUGCUUUUACUGCUGCAUUUCAAUUUAAUCUAGUUGCACACUGAAUGACAUCAGACACAUGAAGCACUGAGGAUCAUCACCUCUGAUGCAUCACUUUAUUACAAAGAAUGAUUAACUUAAAUUGAAUAUUUUAUUAACCUUGUUUUGAUGUACUGAUUAAACUG